GCGGAGAAGGAGAGAAGAGAGGGCGAAAGUGUGGCUUUAAUUAAUCGCGGGGGCAGAGGUGUGCGUAUGGUGCACGCGAGCGGGGGGUGGGAUAAGAGCAGGUGAGGGGCUGCGGCGUGUAGUAGCGCGGUCCGCCUGUCACUGUGCGCGUGGGGAGGAAAGGGAGGGGGCGGCUGCUUACCUCCUCAUCUGCAAAGGGGCGGCUGCUUUUACCCCCACCCCACACCCAAUCCCGUCGCCCCGUAACUCUGCUUCCUUCCAGUCCCCACCAAGUUGUUUAUUUGCCUCGCUUCGUGCUGGAGCCAUGGAAGUUGGUGGUUAAGAGGACUCCCAGCGCCCCCACUGGAUACGAGCUAUGUUACAUUAUGGAUCUUUUAAAAUUACAACAUUCUUUUUGUCAAGGUUCAAAAAGAAUUUUAGAAGUUUCAUGCAACUUUUGAAGAGGAUAUUGCAGAAUAGACUGUGUCAUUUGUUAUUAAAAUAAUGGAGCCCAAAGAAUCGUUGAAAUCCACAGGAGGGCAGGAAAGAGGGAAAAGUGCUCACUUUCAUCCUUCCUUUAGGGGUGGUGCUUCUGUCAAGACUCCUGUAUCUACAUCUACCCUGUCUGCCUCUUCUCAGUCUGACUCUAAACAACCUGUUCUGUGUGACUUGCCAAAGGGGUUAGGAAGCAAUGUGCCGCAGCCAGAUCUCUCCAAAGCAGUGUCACUCUCAAUGGGACUGUAUAUGUGUGAAACCGAUACAAAAGUGAUGGGAAAUGAACUUGGAUUUCCUCAGCAAGGCCAAAUCAGCCUCUCUUCUGGAGAAACGGAUUUUAGGCUCCUUGAAGAAAGCAUAGCAAGCUUGAAUAAGUCGGCUAGCCUGACAGAAAGCUCAAAGGGAGCUGCAUCUGCUGAUGUGCUCCUAGAACCAGAGUUCCCAGCUAUGACUAGUCGUGAUCUUACUUUAAAUCAAGGGUCUUUAGCACAAGGCCAGGUUGACACCAACAGUGGCAACCUGAAGCUGUUUUCAGAAGACCAAAGCACCUUUGAUAUUUUGCAAGGUUUAGAUUUGCCACCAGUGUCUCCAGGAAAAGAAACAAAUGGAAGCCCUUGGAAAAUAGAUCCUGUUCUGGAUGAAAGUAGCUUGCUUUCACCUCUUGGUGGGGAUGAGAGUUUUCUCUUGGAAGGAAAUGAAAUGGAGGAUUGCAAGCCUCCCAUUUUACCAGACACAAAGCCUAACAUUAAUGAAUGUGAGGAUCUUUUGUCAAGUUCUACAAUGCAGAUGCCACAAGUGAAAACUGAAAAGGAAGAUUUUAUUGAAUUGUGCACCCCUGGAGUAAUAAAGCAGGAGAAAAUAGGCACAGCUUACUGUCAGGCUAGUUUUUCUGGUUCAAAUAUGAUUGGAAAUAAAACAUCUGCCAUUUCGGUUCAUGGUGUCAGUACUUCUGGAGGACAAGUUUACCACUAUGAUUUGAACACGGCAUCUGUCACUCAACAGCAGGAUAAGAAACCAGUUUUCAGUGCCAUUCCAUCUCAUCCUGCUGGUUCAGAAAAUUGGAAUAGGUGCCAGGGAUCUGGAGAUGAUGCCCUUACGCCAGUGGGAGCCUUGAAUUUUUCUAACAGAUCUGUCUUCUCCAAUGGGUAUUCAAGCCCUGGAAUGAGAUCUGAUGUGAGCAGUUCACCAUCUACCUCUUCAACAACUACAGGACCACCUCCCAAGCUUUGCCUUGUUUGCUCAGAUGAGGCCUCUGGGUGUCAUUAUGGUGUCCUGACAUGUGGUAGCUGCAAAGUUUUCUUCAAAAGAGCUGUGGAAGGACAGCACAAUUAUCUCUGUGCUGGAAGAAAUGAUUGUAUUAUUGAUAAAAUUCGGAGAAAAAACUGUCCUGCUUGCCGCUACCGGAAAUGUCUUCAAGCUGGGAUGAACCUUGAAGCACGAAAGACAAAAAAGAAAAUAAAAGGAAUUCAACAAUCCAGCAUGCCUGCAGGAAGAGACACUGCUGAAAAUCCCACAAACAAAGCUAUAGUUCCUGCCUCACUGCCACAGCUGACUCCUACCCUCGUUUCCCUGCUGGAAGUCAUUGAGCCAGAAGUGAUGUUUUCAGGCUAUGACAGCACAAUACCAGACACAACUUGGCGCAUAAUGUCAACUCUCAAUAUGCUAGGUGGAAGACAAGUGGUUGCUGCAGUGAAAUGGGCAAAGGCAAUACCAGGUUUCAGAAACUUGCAUCUGGAUGACCAGAUGACUCUACUGCAGUAUUCGUGGAUGUUUCUGAUGGCUUUUGCACUAGGAUGGAGAUCAUAUAAACAGUCUAAUGGAAAUCUACUGUGUUUUGCUCCGGAUUUGAUCAUUAAUGAGCAGAGAAUGAAUCUACCAUGCAUGUAUGAUCAAUGCAAACGUUUGCUGACGGUUACUAAUGAGUUAACACGGCUUCAAGUUUCCUAUGAAGAAUAUCUCUGCAUGAAAACGUUGCUCCUUCUCUCUACAAUUCCUAAGGAGGGCUUGAGGAGUCAGGCUCUCUUUGAUGAAAUUCGUAUGACAUACAUCAAAGAGUUGGGCAAAGCCAUAGUGAAGAGAGAAGGGAACUCUAGUCAGAACUGGCAACGAUUUUAUCAACUGACGAAACUUUUGGACUCCAUGCAUGAUGUGGUUGAGAAUCUUCUAACUUUUUGCUUCCAGACAUUUCUGGAUAAAUCCAUGAGUAUUGAGUUUCCAGAAAUGUUGGCAGAAAUCAUCAGCAGUCAGUUACCAAAAUAUUCAAAUGGGAAUAUCAAGAAGCUCCUAUUUCAUCAGAAGUGACUGCCUUAAUACAGAAAGAUUGCCUUAAGAAAAAAAAAAAGUCAAAUUAUAACUUCUUUUUUUUAUAAACUAAAAGACUUGUUAAUUAUGUUCUUGUACCUAUAUUAGGUAUUCUUGUUUUUGUUUUGUAAUUAUGCACUACAUGUGGUUUACAGAGGGCCAAGAUCUAGCUUUUAGAAGACACCUCAACUGAAUGAAUACAGGAAGAAAGAAAAAGAAAAGUAUGGCUUGGAAUUUUUCCUCUACAUAUACCAUCAUGCUGGCAGUAUAGGAUGCACCAAAAGCAGCAUUGUCAAGUUUGGAAUCUGCAUUGUCAACAUUCUGCUAGGAGUUUCUGCAGUUGGCUGGUUAAAAUUUUCUAGAUUUUUGUUUUGGUAUAGAUUGUUUUGUAUAGUUAAAGUAGCAUUUUUGAUUUAUGCAUGUAACAUG